AUGGUAGCAUUUGUAUUCUUGGUAUUGGUGUUGCUGCCUCAAGUUGUGUGCAAACUUCCUGUUGCUCAGUGUUCCAUUGAAGAGCCUCUUCCUAUUCUUCACCAAUAUUAUCGGUCAGGAGGCCUCCUCAUUGCUGGCAUUAUGUCUCAAAUCUAUGUGACCUCAAGUGUCAUGACUUUCAGGGAACCUCCCUCUCCUGAGCUUUUUGAUGACUUUCUAGUAAUGACACAGCUCUACCAACAUGUUGUGGCUUUGGCGUUUGCUAUAAAGGGAAUAAAUGAAAACCCUGAAAUCUUGCCCAAUGUCACCUUGGGAUUCCACAUCUACAAUAGCCAUUUUAGUCCAAGCUGGACGUACCUGGCCUCAAUGGAACUUUUCUCCAGGCAGGGAAGAUUCAUUCCAAACUACAAGUGUGACACGGAGAACAUUCCAAGAGCAGUCAUUGAGGGACCAAACUCUGAUCUAGGUCUUCACAUGGCAACCAUCCUCUAUAUGUACAAGCUGCCACAAGUCAUCUAUGGCUCUCAUCCCCUAACAGACACCGACUUCCAUGCGGCUUUCCUCUGCUACAUGUUCCCAAACGGAGCUCAUCAGUAUGUCGGGAUUCUCCGGUUGCUUCUGCAUUUCACCUGGACGUGGACCGGGGUGCUUUCUCUGAGCGAUGACAAUGGAGAGAGAUUUGUACAAAAUGUUCUUCCCGUGUUUGCUGAGAGAGGCAUCUGCUUUGAUUUUAUAGAAAGAUUCCCCAAAGUCACCUUUUCUGGUGAGUUCAUCGAAACAGUAGAGGAAUCUUCUGAACUAUGCCAUAUUAUUGUGGGAAGUACAGCCAAUGUUGUCAUUGUGAAUGGUGAAAUUCAUUCCAUUAUGGCACUAAGAGUGUUGCCCAAUAUUGCAGAAAUCGAAGGGGUACCCGUGCAAGCCAGGGCAAAAGUUUGGAUUAUGACAGCCCAGAUGGAUUUCAUAUCCUUUCCCUUCCAACAAAGUUGGGAUGUAAGUUUCCUGCACGAUGCUCUAUCCUUUGCUGUUCACUCAAGGGAUAUUCCAGGGUUCCAGAAAUUUAUUCAGAUGAGAAACCCUAUCUCUGAAAAAGAAGACGGGUUCAUCAAGGACUUCUGGGAAGUAGCAUUUAAUUGCUAUUUGCCCCAUCCUUCUUCAGACAAGAAAGACGGGGAAUUCUGCACCGGGCCGGAACAGCUUGAGAGCCUUCCUGACACUGUUUUUGAAAUGAGCAUGACAUCCCACAGCUACAGUAUCUUCAAUGCCAUCUAUAUUUUGGCACAUGCAUUGCAUGCCAUGCAUUCCACCAAAUUAAAAUUCAGAGCAAUAACUGGUGGAAUAAGGUGGGAACUUAUAGAUCAACAGCCGUGGCAGCUUCACCACUUUCUGAGAAGUGUCUCGUUUAACAAUAGUGUUAAAGAAGAAGUUUCCUUUGAUCAAAAUGGGGAACUGGUAUCUGGAUUUGAUAUUAUCAACUGGGUCAUAUUCCCCAAUGACUCCUUCCUUAGAGUCAAAGUUGGGAAAAUAGACCCCCAGGCUUCCCCAGACAAGAGGUUCAACAUUCACGACAACACAGUUGUGUGGCCCCGCAGGUUCAACCAAGUAAGGUCUACUGCAGGUUGUCUCCAGUUAUUUAUUCAGUGUUGA